AUGGGAAUAUCCCAAAUUGGGCGUCAUUCCUGUUUUGAGGCUCGGAUAAGACGUUGAACAUUUUGUAGCAUCAAAAUCUUUCUUUCGUUCAAAUUUGAAUUUUAAUUGUGGUAUGAAAUAAAUACUUUGAAUCCAGAAGGAAACCAUAGACAUUUUUUGGAUUGAAAUUAAGAAACUCCUUAAAACGAUGAGAAAUCAACUACUGGAUAUCUUUAUGUGUGGUUUUGGAUUUGAUUUCGAAAAUGGACCACACAAAGUCUGUACGUUUCGUCGAGUCUUACCGCAAUUUUUAGCCAGUUUCGCCAUGUAUUUGGGUGCCUGGAACAUUGGUUUGAUACUGGCUUUGGCAACGAUUGUGGUCCCUUCGGUGACUGGCACAAGCAGUAGUUUAAAUCCAGACGAAACUCUGCACAUGACGUCCGACGAAGCUUCAUGGCUAGCUAGUAUUUUAUUCAUCGUUCAGCCAAUUGGAAAUUUGUUUUCGAGCUUUACAAUCGAAAUUCUGGGACGGAAAGGUGCGAUGCUGGCCACAAAUAUCAUACCUGUCAUCACAUGGUUCAUGCUAGCGAAUGCACAAUCAAAGAUCUUGCUUUAUAUUGGAUUUUCAUUGCUUGGCAUUUGGAAUGGUUCGGCAACCUCUAUGCUUUUAUUAUACGUUAGUGAAAUUUGUGAAUCAUCAGUCAGAGGAGUACUGUCUGCAUUUGGUGGUAUUUGCGCCACAGGCGGAAUGUUCAUGAUUUUCUUACUCGGGUCGCUCCUUUCAUGGCGUCAAGUGUGUUACAUCUGUGCUGCUGUGCCGAUUGCCAACAUUUUGGUGGCACUACUUGUCCCCGAGUCUCCAAUUUGGCUUGUAUCAAAGAAUCGUUUGGAAUCAGCACAAAAAUCACUACAAGUACUCCGUGGAUGGGUAUCGAGUAAGAGCAUUUCGUCGGAGCUGGAUCAACUGAAACUUAUCAACGAGAUGUCGUCAGCAUGUGUCGAUUGUGUACAAUCUGGCCGUAAAUGUGAUCAUCCACCGCCAACGCUGUUUGAGAAAUUCGUAGAUAUUUCCCAAAAACGAGCAAUGAAACCAUUCCUUUUGGUUACAAUUUUAUUUGUUAUGAUGCAGUUCUCUGGAAUGUUUGCAAUGCGAUCGUACAUUGUACCGAUUUUAGGCGCACAUGGCAUUGCGCUCGAUGCAAACUUUACAACGGUCAUCCUUGGCUUUAUUGGAGUUUUAGCAAAUGUGGUUAACGUAUUCAUAAUUCGAAUUCUCGGCAAACGAAGAAUCUACCUGUGGACAAUGGUUGGAAAUUUUGUUAGCUGUUUCGGACUGAGUAUUUACGGUUGGAUAUUCUUUCCCUCUGGCUGGUCCUCAAAUGGCAUCACAUCAGAUAGCCUCAAUUCGAUUCGAGAAACUGUCGGGAACUACAACUAUUUCGCAUUGGUCUUGUUUGUGAUGAUGCAAUUUUGUAUUUCAAUUGCUGUGUCAUUUGUUCCAUAUAUCAUCAUGAGUGAGGUCUUUCCGUUCAAAUCAAGAACGUUCUGUUGUGCUUUGGCUGGAGUUGAAAACCAAAUCUUUGCAUUUGUUGCAACCAAAACAUACUAUGACCUCGAAAGCUGGCUUUCGCUACCAGGAGCUAUUUGUUUCUAUGGUGUUGUCGCUGUUAUUGGAUUCAUUUCAAUGUUGUUCAUCCUACCGGAAACCGAGAAUCGAACGUUGGAAGAAAUUGAAUUACACUUUUCGGACAAUAAUCGUAGUAUUUUUGACAUUAAAAUCAAGAAGAAUUAGAAAAAAGGAUGACGUCGAACGAGAGAAAAAUAUAUAACCUCGUGUCAUUUUUUUUAUACAUCAGUAGGCAGCAGCAAUGAGAGUUUUCUUUAGAAAUUUGACAGACAUGAUGGGAAUUGUUGCGGCAUUUCCAAAAAAUUAACAACUAUUACUAUUAGUGUAACUACAACGAACUAAAAGCUAUUACAUAAGUUCAUAUCGACGUAAACGCACUUUAUUGAAUUAAGUAAACACUGAAUGAAUUUACUAUUGGCGAGAAUAAAAUAAAAUUUUUCCAAUAAUAGUAUCAAUAUGUUUUGUUUUUAGUUUGUUUUGUUUGGAUUUUAAAUCCGCUCGAAAGAAGUGUAAUUGCCAGCAUGACUAUGCUGUUUUGUAUUAUAUUACAAACAGCUGAAAAAAGUUCUAUAAUGUGGACACCACCAACAAAAUAAAUUAUUAUCCCAUCAAAUAAAUAUAUAUGAGUAGU